AUGACAUCAACCUCGUUCGGUGGCCCUAAUUCCGGGCUUCAAAUCGGCCAUAACCACGGCACGAUCGAGGCGCAGUUCCCAGUUACAGCGGAAGUAUAUAACACGCAGGGUGGGGCUGUCUUCACUGGCAAUCUUACCGCAAACCGUGACAUCAACAUUCACAACACCGCUACUGUCAGAACAUGUGCCCACUCUCUCUAUAAAUCUCUCUUCAGUUCAUCCGACCUCUUCACCCAGGUCAGAAAUGAGCUGGGCCUUCUCGUUUCUGUCCUGAACGUGACCGAAGAAUACACACCAAGGUUUCAACCAGACGAUCCAAAACUAUCUGAGCUGAACGAUGCGCGCGAUAAAUGCCACCAUGCACUAUAUGAACUUUCGCAAUUUAAGGACCACUUUGAUAAUGUCAGUCCUCAAACUCAGGUCGCCUGGGAACGAAGUGACUGGGGUGGAACAGAACUGUUGGACAUAAGAUCCAAGCUUACAUUAUACAUCCAAAUGCUAAAUGCGUUAAAUUCUAGCAUUUCACGUUCGUCCAUUGAAAACGUUGAAAGAAUGUUGAAGAUAAUUAUCAGCGAUAUCCGCAGCGGGAAACGUGAAUCCGCAGCCAUGUCAAGCGAUUCGACUGGCUCGCUCACGGUCGACGAGAGAGUAGGCUGGAGACAGCUACGAAAAGAAUUGCAAAGCACUGGUAUCACUCCCGAAAUCUUUGCCCAACACCGUAGUUUUAUUCUCGACACCCUGCAAACUCUCUUUACAGAGAACGAGAGUGAGGAUUGCUCCAUUGACUUUGCGACGUCAGACGUGGCUCUGGAAGAGAUGCCAUCAGAGAGACUUCCUGAGGCUAUAGAAGGUGCUUCCAGAAUGGCAGUUGGGGAAGCACUCCCAGCAUCCUCUGCUGUCACAGCGGCAAAUUUGGAAAAGGAGAAUGAGAAACCUGGUCGAAUGGCCCGAGUGCUCCAUAUAAUUACUAGCCUCAUUACCAAUUCUGGUGAAAAAUUCGAAUCCAGGCAUGACUCCUAGGAGAAAGUCGUGUAUCAAAAUGAAUAG